AGGCGCAGGAUCAAAGACUAAAUAAACGUUGGUAGCCCUUGCUGGAAUAACUAGGGCCUUCUCAAAGACAACAAAUUUUAAGCCACACCUUCAAAACAAACAUUUCUUGAUGAAUACAAAGAACUGGCUGUGAGUCUAAGGAUGGCUUCUCCUGAAGUGUAAAAGAAAGCUACAUCAUGUCUUCAAGGAGAAGUGAAGAAUACACAGGUUCAAACCUGAGCCUGGCCACCAGCUCGACCUCGGAUGUAUCACUGCCAUGGAUACGGAGGCCGACGGAAGAGGACAAGCAGGAUGCGACGUCGACGACCACCAUCCCAUUGGACACCAACGUGAAGCCUGGUCAGUAUGUCCUACAGAGUCUGUUUGCAGAGUUUACCAUCCAAGCAGAGAGGAAGAUAGAGAGGAUUAUGACAGAACCAUUGGAAAGUCCUUUGGCAAAACUGCUUCAGAGAGGAGAGGAUCAGCAAUUUGACCAGUUGCUGAGUUCAUUAAGUGCGGUUGCUGAGCAUUGUCUACCAUCGUUACUUAAGACUCUUUUUGAUUGGUAUUCUCUUCAAAAUGAAGAAGAUGGAACACAGAGACAGAAGGUGGCCACAAAGAACAAAGGGGAGAAGGAUUACCUGUCUGAACGAAGAGAUCUUGCUGUGGAUUUUUUAUUCUGUCUGGUUCUGAUAGAAGUCUUGAAGCAACUCCCGCUUCAUCCUGUUCCAGAUAACAUGAUCUCACACAUUGAGACCCUAGCAUUCAGACAUUUCAAGAGCAGAGAAGGACUGCAGAGUGGAGUGAAUACAGAGAACAUUCACAUCAUAGCUGAUCUGUAUGCUGAGGUACUGGGUGUCAUGGCUCAAACCAGGUUCCUCUCUGUUAGGAAACGCUUCUUCACUGAACUCAAAGAACUCAGAUCAGAGCCACAGAAUGUCCAAACAACUCAGUCAAUCAUCAGCCUGGUCAUGGGUCUAAAGUUCUACCGAGUUAAGAUGUUUCCUGUCGAAGAUUUUGAAUCCUCCUUCCAACUCCUUCAUGAGUGUGCCAACUAUUACCUGGAAGUCAAGGACAAAGACAUCAAGCACGCCCUUGCUGGCCUCCUGGUCGAGAUACUCGUUCCCAUUGCUGCUCUUCCUCCAACUCAAAUUCAUGUAGCAUCUUCUGGCAUACCUGUGUGUGUGAAGAAUGAAGUAAACAUCCCGGUCCUGAAGAACUUUGUUGAGAAGAUGUACCAGACCACCUUUGAGCAGUGUUCCAAGAAGAAGCAUGCCCUGGCAGCGUUCCCCCUUCUCACCUGUCUCCUCUGCGUCAGUCAGAAACAAUUCUUCUUGUCUACAUGGCAUAACUUUCUCUCCCUCUGUCUCUCAAGCCUAAAGCAUCGAGACAGCAAGUUGUCCCGCGUGGCUCUAGAAUCCCUCUACCGUCUUCUCUGGGUUUACAUCAUGCGUAUCCAAUGUGAGAGCAACACCAGCACCACCAUGCGCCUCCAGAGCAUCACAGGGACUCUCUUCCCAAGGAACUCCCGCAAUGUCAUACCGAGGGACACACCCCUUCACAUCUUUGUCAAGAUCAUCCAGUUCAUCGCCCAGGAGAAGCUGGAGUUUGCCGUCAGGGACGUCAUCUUUGAUCUUCUGGGAGUCACAGGCAAGAGCAGAAUGCUCUUCCCAGAGCGCAUGAACGUUGGUCUCCGAGCUUUCUUGGUGAUUGCAGACAGCCUGCAGCAGAAGGAAGAAGCCCCACCAAUGCCCACCACCACCCGGAUCAUGCCAUCGGGAAACACCCUCCGAACCAGAAAGACAUUCCUUAACAAACAACUUACAGAGGAUGGAGCCAAGACUAUCGGGGUCGCACCAUUCUACCCUAGCAUCAGAAAAGCCCUGGAUCAUAUCGUUAGGUCUCUGGACAUUGCCGUUGGCAAGGCUCUACUCAUGACCAAUGCACAGUGUCUGACGAAAGAGCUGGAUGACCUCAUGACGAAUGAAAGAAAGCCAAAGAUCGAGUUGUUCAGGACAUGUAUCGCAGCCAUCCCACGUCUCAUUCCCGAUGGUCUCAGCCGUAAAGAACUCCUGGAACUCUUAUCAAGGUUGACUGUCCACAGGGAUGAUGAACUUAGAGGCUUGGCCUUCACAUCACUGCAGAAUGUUGUAGUAGACCUUCCAGACUGGAGAGAGGAUGUGAUCAUAUGUUUUGUUAACUUCAUGGUUCAUGAAGUUCAUGAUAUGUUCCCUCUCAUCUUGGAGAGCGCCCUCAAGAUGCUUCUUCAGCUUCUCUCACAGUGGAAGAUGGCGGAAACCAAUAAGGAAGAAGAGCCCCAGCUGAAGCCGCCUUAUGAACGGAACCCAUUUGCCGGUGUACUAAAUCUUGUAGAAGGUUUUGCCUUGGUGUUCCUGUGUAGUUGUCGACCUCUGAUCAGAAGAUUGAGUUUCUUUGUCUUGAAGGAAGUCCGGGCCCUCUUCAGCAUCCUUGGAUACUCAAGAGUUGACGAUGACAGUGUGCUUGAUGUGAUUGAUAGAGCUUGUCCAGGAGUGGUGGAGAGUUUCAUCCAUCAACUACCACCAGCAGAAAAGGCUACCAUCACUGCAUUACCCACAGUAGACCUUCAGUGGGUGGUAGAGCGUUCCAUUAAUCAAUGGUCUGGGAGUACAUACGAGUCGUCUGGAGCCAGCGAUAGUCUUACCAAGCUAGCAGCGAGGGGUAUGGGAGGGUUUAAUCCUUGGGCCUCUUGCCUGGCUCGAUUCUUCCAUAGUAAUUGCUUGCCACACUACUGCCCGACAGCAGUGACCAAUGCUUGGCCUGUGGUCAACACAAGACUGACCCAGCUUUAUGGACACAUUGACCCAAGUGCUCCAUCGGAAGGAAGGACAUCAAUUCGUUCAAAGAAGGUACUUCAUCCAAUGGAUGAUAACAUCGCCCUCUGGAGGAACUAUCUGGUGUUUGCUUGCAGCUGUGCCCCACCGAGCGCCGGUUAUCAAACUCCAAGACGAUGCUUGUCCCCGGAACCGAAUAGUGGUUCAAACGAUGGUUCAUCCCACCUUGAGAGAUUAGAAGCCAGACUUCACAGUUCAUCUAGCGGGGUGACAGCAGCUACACUCUUCAAGAUGUUAGUACCACUCAUCAGAUGUGAUAAUACAGACACCAGAGAAGCGGUUGUCAAUGGUCUAGGAUGGACAAACAUGUUUGCAUUCAGGGAUCUAAUGGAUGAACUGCAGCAAUCGCUGAAGGAUGCCUUGGAGAGGAAGCAAGAGAAUAUGAGACGAAAGAGAAGGAGAGAUUUCUUGAGAGUGCAUCUGAUCCGAGUCUUUGAGCUGAUAGCUGAGCACGGCCUCUUCAGAGAAAGGUGUUUGCUUGGAAAGGAGACUCAGCCACUGAACAGUACUUUCAUUGAUUACAUCGAGGGUAUGAGGUUGUUUCUAGAGAGUGAGAGUGAUAAGGAUUCACCUACGUUGAUGGAGAUCAGACUGCACUUCAGUGGAUUCAUUGGACGACUCAUUAGGAGUGUGCCAGCGGAGCAUCGAGCCAACCUCUUGCCACGUGAUGUACGCUACAGCGUUUUCUUUUUAUGUGGAGCAUGGUGUCGCAAACUUGGCGUAGUCUAUGGUGCUGUUGAUAGAACACCGUCAUAUCAAGAUGAGAAUUUCUCAGACCUAGAGAUUGAGGCAUUGCAGGCAAUGGCUGCUCUUCUUGUUUGUGGAGAGGUGUUUGAUACCAAUGCUCUUGCCCAAGAAGGUUAUCUGUACACCUGGAUGGACAACUUACUCAACUGUACUGAUGAAAGGGUUCACAAGCUAGGUAAAGAAACAGCGGUGCUUCUAUUGGAGAACAAUCCUCAACUUCCUAUGGUACUGAUGUGGUUUAUCCACCGGUGUUACACAGGACCUAAACUUGUUGCUAGUGGUUAUUUCCAAGCCAUGGCUUCAGUCCUUAAUACAAGUGAGUACCCAUGUGACAUGAUAGUGAUUCUAUGCCUAGUACUACUGAAGACCGCUGAUCCUUGCUCCGUCAUCCGCACACUGGCCUAUCAACUCCUACAAGUCCUUGACAAGAGAUUCUUUGGCUCGGGUGGACAGGGCAACCUUCUCAAAGCCACCUACGGCAAGUCUCAUGUCGCCCUGAGCAGAGAGCUGGCCAACUUACACCCAGAACUCACUCUUGCCAUUUUCUCAGAAAUAACGGAACGUUUUGAGUCUGCCCCUCUAGUCCAUCGUAACAUCAUGCUGGAGUACCUGCUCCCCUGGAUCUAUAACAUUGAGCUGGUGGACUCCCUAGGUAAGGAGGGAGGUGGAGCCGGCUCCAUGGGUGGAGGGAAGGAGAAGGAGGUGGUUGAGAUGGAGGACCCGGAGCAGGGGUGCGCCUUGAGGCGUCCUGGAUGGGGUAGCAAGCAGGCAUCUUGUGUCAUCCUCAAUAACCUUCUCUUCAUUACUGCAGAGUAUGGUGAUGAGCAUUGUGAUGGUCUUGAACAGCUGUGGGCGGGGCUAUGUACCUGUUGGCCUGGUAACCUACCAGUCAUUCUAAACUUCCUGCUUGGUCUGACUGGUGUCAUGACCAACCCAAACCUUCUACCUUAUUUAAAGCGAGUGCUAGUAUACAUCGCCCGUGCCAAGCCCCAGCGCCUGAUGGACGAACUGAUGCGAGAGAUGCUGUCCGUGGAGAUUGUCACCACCAACGUGGAAAGGACCGAAGAACCACCCUUCUUCCAGCUCUACCACCAACCCCAGUUUGGGGCGACGGGACCAGAGUCCGGAAGCGCGGCAUCGCUGAUUGAGAAGAUGGAUAAGGAGGAGGAGGCGAGGAUGCUGGCCAGUGAGAAAGGCAAACAGGAGAAGAAUACGUCGGAUCGGGGUACUCAAGUUGCGGUGGGAACGAAGACACCACCACCUACUGAUGGAGGGAGUUCAAAGGAUAAGGAUAGCAUCAUCCGUUACAACGAAGGAUCCUCCUUGCAUCAGAGUAGUGGUAGUUUGUCCACGUUAACCAGCAGUACCUCCACACCUAGCAAUGAAUCAGCUGGAACAGACAGAGUUCGAUUUAAACCAGCCAUUCCAGAGGAGCCAGAAGAAUCCAAUGGUAGGUUUACCACUAUUGAGGAGAAGGCAUCAGAGAAUUUCCAAGGAUCUACCAAGGUUGAUUUCUAUGCAGUAUGGCAGCAGCAGACAAUGAAUGGACUCACUUUACCCAUUCCUCUACCGGAGGAGUACUACUGCGCACCCCUCUCAGAUUACAUUGAUGACAAUGAGACACCCCCACAGGGGGUCAUUCACAGGUGCAACUUGGCAACUGUUUUGCUGACUGACCUGGUUCUUGAGAAAGUAGAUGUUGACUGGCAGGUUCAUCUUCCUCAUAUUCUUCAUGAUCUAUUUCUUGGUCUUGAUCACUCCUGGCCUCUGGUCCAUGAGCACUGCAAGCGAUUGCUUCUCAACCUCCUGGUGAAGCUGGCUCCUCACAAUGACUUUGUCAAUGUAGCUCACACUCUGCUAUCUCGACAUGUUAUCAGUGACCUCAAUGCAGGUCUCCUAGAUCAGAAGGUCGUUACCAAGGAAUAUAACUUCACAGGUGGGCCGACAAGUCAUAAUGGCCACACACCAGACACCAUAUCCUACGAAUCGGACAACUCCGCCCUCAUGGGCAGCACUACCACCAUCAGUGGAGCGUCCACUGUCUCUGUAUCCAGUAUGAGUUCCACCUCAACUGUCAUCCCAUUCGGUAUGAGUGCUGUAACACACAUCAGUGUGGAUCAUUUGAGGACCAGUGAAGAAGCCGCCAAAGCCCUGAUAGAAUUCUUGGUUACAAGGAAAUGUCGCCCUCUGUGGUCAUGUGAAGAGAUCACCCCCAGAUUAACCAUCAUUAAGAGUGCAGAGCAGCUCGAGACUUUCCUUCGGAAUGUAGUAAGGAUCUUCCAUGGCAGUCUGAGAGGGUCUCACCUAGAGCAGCGUUGGGCUCAGGUAGCACUCCAGCUCGCUCUGUCUUGCUCUUCAAGACAUUAUGCUGGCAGAUCGUUCCAGAUGUUCCGAGCACUGAACCCUCCACUCAAUCCUAUGAUGUUGUCUAACAUCAUGACCAGACUGGUUGAGACAGUAGCUGAUCAGGGAGAAGAUGUACAGGGGUAUGCAACAGAGAUCCUUCUCACCUUGGAGAACUCUAUCGACACCCUGGCCCAAGACCUCAUCUUCGCUGACCUUCGGGAGAGGUCAAAGUCUGGGUCAUCCCGCAAGGCAGAGUUCCGUAAGAGCACCAGUAACCUCUUCAGCAUAGGACCGACCAGUAACUUUGAAGGGAUCCGUCCCAAGAUCAUGGAAGGUCCUAACUCUGUCAACUCGCCAGGGAACAACAAUGCAGACAUGCGAGCGUAUGUAGAACACCGCGGCAGGAGCUCCACCACCAGCGAGCUUGAUAAGUCAAGCUUCCAUCGAGGCCGUGCUCGUAGCAGCUCAUCCCUCAAGCAUAUCGGAGAGAACAACAUCUUUGAGGAGAGGCUGAACAUGCUGGCCCAGGUUUUCUGGAUCUUUGUCUCUCUCCUAGAGUCAGACUAUGAGUUUGAGUUUCUGAUGGCUCUCAAAGCUCUAGAAAAGCUUCUAAGAUACCUUCCUCUAGACCGUCCUGAGGUGAGAGUUCGUCUAGAUCAAGUUCUAGCUCAACUCAGAUGGGAAGGUUACCCUGGACUUCAAGCUCUCAUCCUCAAGGGUUUCACUUCCUCUGUGACCUAUGACCUGACCCUACACCUGGUAUCAAAGUUGACAACCUACACUCACCUGAGAGUGAUAGAUCCCACCCAGGCUGCUGGCUUCCCUCUCAAUGUGGUGGCUCUUCUACCGUAUCUCAUCCAGAAGUUUGGUCAGCCGGAGAAGUUUGCUUGUGAAAUAGCAACCAACAUCAGUAGGGUUUGUCAGGAGAGAUGUACCAAGAUGGCACCCCUCUCCACGGUCCUGACGAUGUAUAAGAAUGGAACUUACAACCGUGAUAGCAAGGCAUGGGCUGGUGUGGUAUGUAAAUACCUCCAUGGGGCCUACUCACACUUCAGCAUUCCUAUGAUGACAUUCCUGAUUGAGGUAUUGGAGAAGGGUCCGAUCAACAACCAAUCGCCAGUUCUCCAGAUAGUCUAUCAUCUCAUUCAUAACAUUGAUCUCAUGGCUGCACCAAUGCAACAGGUCAAUGAUAAUCUAUUGAGAGUCAUUGCUAAAUAUGUUCAGGGAGUGCACUGGCAGGAUUCUCUCAACAUUCUCAAAGUAGCCGUGUCCAAGUCCUCUUCACUGGUCAAGCCUCCAUCCCAUAGUGACCAUCACAAUAGGGUAGUCUCCUUAGCCCUUGACCAACGCAAGGAACUACCGGGUCGCACCAUGGAAUUCACCUUUGACCUUUCUAGGGUUGUUGAUCCAGAACAUACCUCCAGUAGUUUGCCUGAAACAUCACUACUCAGUUCGGAGAAAAUGGUGAAAAAGGAGCACUCCCCAACGGGUUUUUUGACACGAUCAUCAAAGGAUAAGACUCCUAUCAUACGCCGCAAAUACCCAUCCAUGGCUACCAUCACUACAUCGUUCAGUGACGAGUCAGCCGCGAGCACGCUUAGCAGUGAUGACAGUAGCAUGAGCACCGAACCCACCGACAUGUCCCAGCUCGGGCCAGGAGGAAGCAUGUUCUCCGCCUCAUCUGCAACCAUCAAUGCAGCCAAGCAGAAUAUCGUGCCCUCGGCUUGGCGCAAGCCUCAGCAGUCGCAACGAAGGACCAGGGAGAGAAUGGUGUCCGUUCUCAAGGGACUGGGUCAGAAUGUUGGAUUGCCCAGGAGCCCAUCGGUGAUCUUCAGUUCUACGAGUGACAUCACAAAUGAUCGACAGACCAGCGUAUGUUCAUCUAGUGAUUCUACAUCCAUUGUUGACUCUAUGAACCCAGAGGGCAGCAAAGCAGAGGAGAGUGGCGAUAUACCGACACUCAAAGAGUUUGACUUUGAGGGUGAAGAAGUAGACAGAGAGGAUGGUAAAGGUUUUAAUUGGUAUGACAGCCGUCAUUCUUUGGAGGAUAUUGAUUCAAGUGGAGUGACAAACCCUGAUCAUGAGGGAUCCAAAUAUUCAUCAGAAGACGAGACUAGUAUAUCAGGAGCUGAUGAUAAUGCACCUAGUCUUGAGAACAGUCGCAUCUACUCAGGAAUGUCUCAAGAAUUCAUCCCUUCUCCAGGGGGCAGCAGCGUCAUCCGAAGAACAGCAUCAGGAUCAUUAUCAAGUGGUGGUAGUGAUAUUGAUAGCAUCACAUCCCCGAUAUGCAACUCACCCACCGCCAACUCGUCCUUCAUCUACAUCCCCGUCGACGAGGUGGAAGAAGCCUGGCAGAGUCACGUUGACGCGGUCAUGGGGGAUACGAGCGGUCGUUUUGCCGUCAAUACGUUCCAUAUCUUCACGCAGUUGUAUAAGGUCAUGCAGCAGAGGUUCUGUAACCUGACGCGAGAGGCUUGCAAUUACCUGGGUGAUAGGAUGAGAAGCAUUGCACUUCAGUUCCUGAAUACCCUUGAAGUCCUGAGCACCCAUGCUCUUUGUCCAUUUGUCUAUGUGGACACAGAGACAUUGAUGAUGUGUAGACUACUGGACAGUCAUAAAUACUGUGUGCUUGAACUCAAUGAACACUAUGAUACAUACAUCUCAAAAAGGGACCUUACGGUUGAGUGCCUGGAUUCUAUCAAAGCAUCUUUGAAGAGGCAAACUCUUGUAGCUCAUGACAUAAAUGGCCCUACAGGAGAAGAACAGCAAAUUGAGCUCUGUCGUCGCCUGUACCGUCUCUACUGCCAACUGAGGAUGUUGUUUGAUAGCUACUGUAAACUGAUUCAUUCUCUAGAGGGCGCCAAGCAUGGUCCACAUGCCUCACAUAUUGUCGACUUCUCAGUGUUCGUCUGUGCAGCCAAGGAGGAACUGAGUCUUGCUGCUCAGGAACUAGAAAGUGGCCAGGUAGCGUUGUCACCAGAGGGCGACACAGGAAUCACCACACCUGAAGCAGCCGUUGUCACCUUGACCAAUCAUCUUGGACGAAGGGACGUCAGACGGGCUCUCAGGAUCUUACAUGUAUACAGGUCAAUGUGGUCUGGUGAGCUCUUUGGUUCCAGUGAGGAAGAUGAUCAGGAUGUUCUAUUGGCUUUACUAUGUAAACAACUUGCUGAUGGCAGGAGUGGUGUCCUGGUGAUCUCAAGGUCAGGCCAGGAGCUCCAGACAGCAUGCCACAAACUGAUGGACAUCAACGCUCAACUAAAAAAAUCCAUCAAAGUCAUUGAAAACCUGGAAACAAAGGAGGAGGUGGAAGAGAAGAGUGAGGUAGAGAAGGCGGAAGGAGAAGGACCAGGAAGGGGAGACGAGAAAGUGAAGAUGAGGAGGAAAGGAAACAGGAAGGGGAAGAAUGAUGGAAGGAAGAGCUGGAAGAGUGAGGGGGAUAGAAGCUCAAAGGAAGGAAGCGGGGAGGCCGGUCAGGGCGUCAAAGGCGGACGGGGUAAUGAUGAGAAGAAGAAAGGAAAGGAGGAUAAGAAGGGGAAGCAGGAGAAGAAGAGAUCCAGCAAGGAACUGACACCAGAAACUACUGGAACGGAGGAGAAGAAGUUGUCGGAGGAGAGGAAUGAUGGGAAAGGAAAAGAUGGGGAGGGAGAAGAUUCGGAAGUUGUUGUCAUGGUGACGAGUGAUUCAGGGGUGGGCGGUGAUGUUGAGACGAAGGAAGCAAAGAUCGUAUUCCAGAGCAACGAGGGUGUGGAGAGUGAAGGGGUUGAAGGGCGCGAGGUGACGCUUGAUACCAAGGGGUCAACUGAGAACAUGGAAGAAGUGAAGGUUGAGGAUAUGACAUUAAAGGAUGCAACCGGAGGUAAGGCUGAUGGAGAAGGGGUGGAAGGUGGCAGCGAAACCAGAACAAUUGAUGAGGAGGAGGUGGAGUCUGACUUGACCGCUCUCAUUGAAGCCAUUGAGGAAAUCGAGGAGGAGAUGGUGAAUAAAGACAAAAUGGAAGCCCUACCUUUGAAACUCACCGAUGAUGAAAACACCAGUACUGGUGCAGCAGGGGCUGGGGUUGAACCCUCCUCUCCAGCCAAAGGGGAAAGUUUUGCCCCCCUUCCUGACAUGGAUAGUGGUGUCAUGGCCGAGACUCCAGACUCUCAAGCACCCGAUAACAAGACUUCCUUCACCGAUGAUGUCCCACUGGAUAUUCAGGUUACACCCGCAGAAGAGGACAAACUCUUUCCUCCAGACAAGGAACCAUUGAGGAAGGGGUCAACGGGAGAGACAGAGAAUGAGACGGAGAAGAAAGCUCUUGGAAUCACCGAAGAUGUUUGGCAGAAAGAUCCAAAUUCCAGACCAACAUCUGGAGAAAGUCUUUGCACAGAGCUUUAGGACCAAAAACAGAACUUGCCAUUCAGAGAGCUUGAGUGAUAUGAAUAUUGGUGUAAGAAAUGGUGAACCAGAACUUGAUUGCAAGAAAUCUUAAUGUCAAAUAUGUGUAGAAGUUUUGCACCUAGAAACAGCCAGAAUGAAGGUGUUAUACAUGUGUGUUUGCCAUAAAUGCCCUAAAUUUUAUUAAUGAGCAACUUUAGAAAACAUGUGAC